GGUAUAGCUACGUAUAAGAUAUACUUGUUUACCUGUAGCUGCAAUGCUAACUAGAUAAGCUAUGCCUAGUUCUUCUGGAAAGGCAGGCAACUUUUGUAUUGUUCUAUCCUAGAAGUACAUUUAGCUGCGCCUUGGGACACGACAGCCUCGUUUUCUUGUCGCAGCAUCGUUUGAGGCCAAGAUGAUCGAGGUGGUGGCCUCCAUGGCCCGAGGCCCCGUGUUUCUGGCCGGGGAGCUCAUGGAGUGUCUCAUCACAUUCACCAACCCGAUGUCCCACCUGUCCACCUCUGCCAGCAGUGAGAUGCUGGCAUGGGCCAGUGCCCAGAUCCACUGCCAGUUUCAUGCCAGUGAGAGCAGAGUGGCCCUGCCGGCUCAGGGCAACAAACAGGACGUGCAGGCUGAGAGCGACACGGUUCUUAUUCCAAGCAGAGGAGAGCGAGGGCAAUGUGUGCUGGACACACCACCUAAGAUAUUAUUCUGUGACCUGCGCCUGGACCCCGGGGAGAGCAAAACCUAUUCAUACAGUGAGAUCGUACCCAUAGAUGGUCCUCCGAGUUUCCGUGGUCAGGCAGUGAAGUACGUCUACAAACUGACCAUCGGCUGCCAGAGAGUCAACUCUCCCAUCAAACUGCUCAGAGUUCCCUUCAGGGUGCUGGUUCUGCAAGGCAUGCCGGAGCCUCCGUUUCCCCAGGAUGAGGAGGUUUCCCCCUCCAACCCGUUCCUGGAGGAAGAGGAAACGAGCCGCAGGGAUGCUCGGCCGUUGGAGAGAGCACUGGACAUGCUGAUGAUCACCACCUCAAGACGCUGCCCCCACAUGUUUAAUAUCACCAAUAUGCGAGGGAAAGUGGCAAAAUUCUGCAUCUUCAAGACUGUUUACCGACUCGGGGAGGACAUCAUCGGCACAUUCAACUUCUCAGAGGGAGACAUUCCCUGCUUGCAGUAUUCAGUAAGCCUUCAGAAUGAGGAGGAGAUCCAGCAGCAGUACCAGCGGCGUCCAGGGCAGGCGGUCAGUGUGACCGGACACGGACGACACAUGGAGUCCUGCCUCCACACAGCCUCCAGUCACUUCUCUCUCCCCAUACCCCUCAACGUCACGCCGGGUUUCAGCACAGACACAGUGAUCCUCAGGUGGCGCCUGCACUUUGAAUUCGUCACCGCCCGCGAGCCGAUGGAACCGCCCACAGUUCUGCAGAACCAAUCAGAGGUCACAGUUUGGACCGGGGCGGAGCACGUUGACGUGGAUACCUUCAGCUGGGAUCUGCCAAUCAAAGUCCUGCCCACCAACCCGGCCUUGGCAUCCUACAUGUCCCAUUUUACCGGGACCAACAGCAUUAACAUUUGACUGCUGUGAACAUGAGAUCAUCAGGAGUUCUGAGGGUAUCAACAGAUGUUUGCGUGUGUGUGUGUGUGUGUGUGUGUGUGUGUGUGUGUGUGUGUGAAGAAGACCUUGGUCCA